GCCUCAGAAAUUAAGUAGGCUGAUCACAUGGGAGGAUGGCCGCUGCACUACUAGUUUCCUGUCGUCGCUACCCAAACCUGAGUCACACCUAAAUGUGGCCACUGGCUUUGGCUGUGCCUCCAUCCUCUUGUACACCAAGCACAGCCCUGAAUUUCUUGCAAAGUUCAGUGCCUCAGGAACCAUUCAGGACUAUGUGGUGUCCAUGCUGUGCGGUUUGGAGGUCUGACUCAUGAGUGUGCAGAACGCUGCAAGCUGGGGCUACUUCAACACCACCGCAAUACAGUGGAAUACAGAGAUAGCUGUAACACUGUAAAGGAUCGACAAUGGAAACCUUUAAAAUAGGGAUAGAUGACAGGACGGAUGAAGAGAGGAAAAUGGACAAAGAAAUGGAAAAAGGAGCUUCAGAUUUACCAAUGGACACUUUCUUUCCAGAGGAUCAUGCUAAUGUCAAGCCUGAAGUCAAAAUCAACCUGUCCAAUGUUAAAAAAAUGGUAAAUAGGACUGAUGAACAAAGUCAGGAUAAGAGGUUUGACCCAAAGACGCUUUUUGAUGCAGUGGUCAGCGGUGACGUCACAAGGCUGCAAGGCCUGGAGGAGUAUCUGAAUAAAAAUUACAUUACGCUGACGAACGAACGUUAUAAGUCUGAUGAGAAGACAGUCCUGAUGAAAGCUCUGCUAAACCUGAAAGAUGGAAAUACAGAAACAGUGGAGUACUUGCUCAGCAUUGCAGAGAACACAAAUGAUCUUAAUAAGUUAGUGAAUGCAGAACGCACGGAUUCCUGCUAUAAAGGACAGACAGCUCUUCAUAUCGCCAUUGAGAGGAGAAACAAACGCUGUGCUGAGCUGCUCAUACAGAAAGGGGCAGAUGUCCAUGCAAAGGCCUGUGGGACGUUCUUCCAACCACUUAGUGAAACAUGCUUCUACUUUGGGGAGCUUCCACUUUCUCUGGCAGCAUGUACUAAUCAGAAAGACAUAGUAGAUCUGCUGAUGGAAAAAGCAGAUGUGAGGUAUAAAGACACUCUGGGCAACACAGUUCUCCAUGCUCUUGUGAUGGUGGCUGAUAACAGCCCUGUAAAUACAGACUUCAUCAUUUCCAUGUACGACUACAUUCUUACCAAAGACGCUGCUAAGAAUCCCGAACAGGAGAGGCUGGAGGACAUUGAGAACGAUCAGGGACUUACAUCCAUCAAGCUGGCUGCGAAGUUAGGAAGGAUUGGGCUGCUUGAACACAUUCUGCAUCGUGAGUUCCAGCAAGAAGAGUGCAGGCAUCUGUCUCGAAGGUUUACAGAGUGGGCAUAUGGCCCUGUAUCUGGUUCAGUGUACGACCUGGACUCUAUCGACUCUUACAAGCCAAACUCUGUCCUAGAGAUUGUUGUGUAUGGUUCAGAAAUACCUAAUCGUCUAGAGAUGCUACAGAUUGAGCCACUUAAUAAAUUGCUGGAAGAAAAAUGGAAGCGUUUUGCUAAAUGGAUAUUCCUCUUCAAGUUUAUGAUAUAUUUAUUUUAUCUCAUCAUCUUCACAGCUGUUUGUUAUCACCGUGAAGAAGGAACACCCCCAUUUCCAAUUAAGAAAAACCUUAAAGGCUACCUCAUGCUUGCUGGUUAUAUCAUCAUGGCAUUUGGAUCACUCUACUUCCUAAUUGUUGUGAUGCUGGAUUUAAAGAAAAAGCGUCCAAGUCUGCAAGCAAUGCUGGUAGAUGGCUAUUCUGACCUGCUUUUUUUAUUUCAGGCUGGCUUGUUUGUUACCUGUAUGGUGCUGUAUUUCUGUGGGAAGCAGCAGUAUCUAGCCUUCCUGGUGCUCAGUUUGGCGCUGUCCUGGAUUAAUCUGCUCUACUUCUCCAGAGGAAGUCAAAACAUGGGCAUCUACAACAUCAUGAUUCAGAAGAUAUUCCUUGGUGACCUCCUACGCUUCCUUUUCGUCUACGUUGUUUUCCUCGUUGGGUUUUCAGCAGCUUUAGUGACUCUACUCAACGAACCCACGGAAGGAUGGCCUUCGGUCAGAAACAAUACUAUUGUGUCAAUAGGCUGCAAAAAACCAUACUUUAAAACCAUUUCAUGCACCUUUCUGGAGCUGUUUAAGUUCACUAUAGGCAUAGGUGAUCUGGAGUUCACAGAGGACUAUGAGUUUGGUUAUGUGUUUUAUGUGCUGCUCAUAUCCUACAUUGUGCUCACGUACAUACUGCUGCUGAAUAUGUUGAUUGCUCUGAUGAGUAAGGAUGUUGACGACAUGUCUGAGAAGAGCACCAGCAUCUGGAAACUGCAGCGUGCCAUCACCAUCUUGGAUGUGGAGAGAUAUGCAUGCGGUCUGAAGAAGAAGUUGCGCUCAGGAGUGAAGAGAAAGCUGGACAACACAGACCGCUGGUUUCUCAGAGUGGAAGAAGUCAACUGGAAAGAUUUCCACAGCAACCUGGGCAUUGUCAGUGAGGAUCCUGGAAAAUGCAACACAUCAAUACCACCUGAAUCUUAUAGAGGGUCCAGUCAACGAAGACCUAAAGUCCCAGC